CUGAUUUAUCAAUAAACCUUGGAGAUAAAAAUAGUUUGACUUGAGUCCGAUACCUAAGGUCCUUCAAUUAGUAACUAAUCUAUAUUAAUUUCAAAAAUGUACAGAUCUUCUUUGAAUAGUUUGAAAAAUAUCUCAAAGUCUUCUCUUCCUAUCUAUAAUUCCUCAGCAAUAAUACUUAAAAAAGUGCCAAUAACAUCUUCAUCUUUCUUGCACUCUUUUUCUUAUGGCAGAACAUCUUUCCAUACAUCUUCAUUUAAUCUUGCUCAAGCGAGCCCUUAUAAAACUUUAGGUGUCAAUAAAGAAGCCUCGAAUUCCGAAAUUAAAAAAGCCUAUUAUAAAUUAGCUAAAAAAUUUCAUCCUGAUGUUAAUAAAGAACCAGAAGCUGAAAAGAAAUUUCACGAUAUUCAAGACGCUUAUGAAAUAUUGUCUGAUCCAAACAAAAGAGCAGCUUUUGAUCAAUAUGGAACCACUGAUCCAAAUGCUAACCCAUUUGCAGGAGGUUUUGGUGGUGCAGGAAAUCCCUUUGAAGGUGCUGGAAGUCCUUUUGGUUUUAGUGGAAGUACCAACGGAUUUGGCAACAUAAACUUUGAAGAUAUAUUCAGUCAAGCAUUUGGAGGAAGUACAAGAUCCGGCAGAGGAAACUCGUCUUUUGUAACUGAGUAUGUUGGUGAAAAUAUCGAAAUUGUCCAAACUUUAACCUUAAAAGAAGCAAUUUUUGGUAAAAAAUUAAAUCUUGACUACUCUGUAAAUGAUUCAUGUCAUUCUUGUGAUGGCUCUGGCUUAAAACCUGGAAAAGGCAAAUCGACUUGUGGAACUUGUAAUGGUUCUGGUCAAAAAGUCAAUUUCAUGAACUCUGGUUAUCAAGUGGCUUAUACAUGUCCCAAAUGUAAUGGGUUAGGGAAAAUAAUUGCAAGCUCAAAUGCUUGUGGUUCAUGUAAUGGGCAUGGUACCGAACAAAUUAGAAAAAAAAUCGAAGUGGAUUUGCCUCCAGGAAUGAUGGAUGGUUCAAGAGUUAAAAUGUCUGGGGAAGGAGACUCUCCUUUGGCAACAAAAGGCCCAAAUACAAGAUUACAUAAAGGUGAUUUAAUCAUCAGAGUUCGUGUUAAACCUGAUCCAAAAUUCCAAGUAGAAGGCAAAAAUUUAGUUCAUACUGUGUCAAUUCCUAUGACAACUGCUGCAUUGGGUGGAACUAUAACUGUUCCAACAAUAGAUGGACCAUCUGUUAGAAUUAAAAUACCUUCAGGCGCCAGUUAUAACCAGGUUUUCACUGUUUCUGGUAAAGGGUUACCAAGAUCGAAUAAUAUAAGAUAUAGAGGGGAUUUAAAUAUUAAAUUGGACAUAAAAACUUUAAAACCAUUAGAUGAUGCUCAAACAGCCUUAUUAGAAGCUUUAGCAGAUUCGUUUAACGAUAAAACUGCAAAGAGAAUAAAUCCCUUAUGGAAGACCGAUAAACCUAUAAAAGACAAUUUGGAUAGUUCAAACGAAAACCAUCCAUCUGAAACUGAACAUGAAAGUACUUCUAAAUUGAAAAAGGUCGAGAACUUUUUAGCAAGCGCUUUCAAAAAAAUUUCAACUCAAACUGAAUAUAAUCAAGAUAAUAAGGAAAAUACUAAUACAGAUGAGGUUAACAAAAAUGGAAACGAAGCAAAUGAUAAAACAGAUGAAAGAAAAAAUGAUGAUAAGAAAGAUCAAAAGAAUUAGUUAAAUACACUAAAAUUUUCUUAUAGAUUUUUCUUUUUUUUUAUUU